CCUCACAAACAUUUCUGUGUUUUGCAGCAUUUCUUUGAGUUUUUGUUCAUGUUGGCCCCAGAGGUCUAAUGUGUCUUGUCUUUAUCCUGAGGUUGAUUUCUUCUUCACACGGCUGCAGAAGAGCAUGCGAUGCUGAUCAGAGCGCUUUCAUUGGGCUUUUCUCUCUGUACAUACAGACAGCAGACUUCAGCAGAUGCAGAGCGGAGCCGUAAAGGAGCAGAGGACCUGGAGCUUCACGUCAGGAACACACUGCUGACUGCUGAAGCUUUACAGGACAAAGCUCAUGAGCUGAACGCCACUCUGGGCUCGAGGGAUGGGGCUCCUGAGAAGAGCGUGAAUGAGAUGAAUGAUGAAAUCCAAGCCAUGCAUGAAGAACUACGGAGACGCCAGCUCUCCAGCAAGAAAAACAUCGCUGACAAAGAACUGGGGUAAGACACACACACAAAAGUGUUCACACUGGAGUCCAGAUUAUCUCACUUUAAUAACCAGAUGU